GCUCGGGGGCGGGGCUCCCCUAGGGGCGGCUCCCCCCCCCCCGCGAGGAAGUCUUUGCACUGAAAAGAAAGGGGAGCCGCCAGAAGAGCCCCCCCACUUCGCGGCUGGCCCGCCGCCUCUUCCUCGGGGGGGGGGGCUGGGAUGCGCCGCGUCGGGCUGGGGGGCCCCCCAUGGAGCGCAUGGAAGUGGAGCCCAGCGGGGCGGGGGGGGCCCUGCGGAGGUCCAACAGCGCCCCCCUCCUGCCGGGGUCCUGCGGGUAGGAGAGGGGGGUCCGCGGGGGGGGCAGGGGGGUCCCGGCGCAGCCCCUGACGCAACUCACCCCCCUUUCCUUCCUCGCAGGACCCCCCCGCGGAAGGAGGAGCCGGCCGGGCCCCCCCGGAGCCGCCGCAGCAGCGUCUGCCUGGACAGCGGGCUGGGGGUGAGCGCCCCCCCCCCAGCCGCAUUGCAAGAGGGGGCUCUGCGUGUGGGCCCCCCCCAAAUGAAAGCCCCGCUUGCAACGCUCAUUGCCCUUUCCCUUUUUCUCUUGCCAGGUUGAGGCCAUGAGCGAGACGCUCCCCAGAGUGGGGGGGCCCCCCAGCAGCAGGUGAGGCUUUUCUUUUAGGGGGUGCAAAAUGGGGGGGGACCUGGCCCCGCAGCUCCAGCUUCAGCUUGUCCUGCUUUUGCAGGGCGCCCCCCGGCGGCCUCCACGGCAGCAGCCCCGGCCCGGGGACCAGCUAUGGGGUGAGUGUGGGGCGCAGAGGAGAGCCGGGGAGGGAGGGGGUUCGCAGGGGCAGGGCCCCCCUAAUUGUUUCCCUCUCUCUCUCUCUCUCUCUCCCAGUUUUCCAGCCCCCCCAGUGCUGUGACCCCCCACGCCUGGCAUCUCCAGAGGUGGGUUGGAGGGGGGAGGAGAGGAUUGCAGGGGGUUGGGAUGGAUGACCCUGGGGUCCCACCUCUGCCACUGCAGGCUUCUCUAGGUGAACUGGCAUGACCUUUGCCCCCCCCUCUGCUCCCCUCUUCCAGGCGCCCCUCCUCCCCCAGCACAAGGACCCCCCCAAGGCUGGAAACCCUGAAGAGGAAAGGUAGAAGAAGAAAAGAAAAGGGGGAAACAUGGAAGAACGUGGGCAUUGCCGGUGGGAGGGGCCGCUCUCAUUGGUGGGCAAAAUGGGGGGGUACCUGGGAGGGGGCACAAGACUGAUUCUCUGCCCCUCACCCACAUCUCUGCUUCUCCUUGCAGGAGGACUGGACAUCGACUCCCCCCCGAAAAAGCUCUUUGUGGCGGGGGUCCCCCUCACGCCCCCAGCCCCAUAGCUGACCCCCCCAGGCGGCGGCAAAGGGCGCUCCAGCUCCAUUCCUUGUGUUGGGGGGUUCGCAUCAGGUUGUGCUCGGAGCUGGUCUUCGUUGGGGGGGGGGAUGCCCUCCAGCAGGAAAUAAGGAUGGGGGGGUCAGGAAAGAGGUGCAGCGGAUCCUUUAAUUAAAAAAAAGGCACCCAAGGAUUUGGGGGGGGGAGAGGCAGAGGUUUCAUUUAGUGGCUUAAUGGGAGGGUCAAUUUUGCAGGAGCCCCCCCAUGCUUUAAACUUCCCUCCCAACAUCCCCACACAAGGUGGGGGGCACCCUGGGAGUUUCUCAGGUGGGGAAGCCCAGGAGUGACUUUGUGGGUGGGGGGCAUAAGUGAUAUUCCCUGAGCUCAUUGGGACAAGGAUGUCCUUCCCCCCCAGCAAGAACUGUGUACCAAGAUGGACUGAAAGGGGUCUCUUAUCACAUCCCCCACCCUUCUGCUACCGAAUCAUGUACUGUAUAAACCAUGUUUUUCGGGGGGGGGGGGCAUUUGCAGGAUUAUUUUUCUAUUCUAUGUAUAUAUAUAUCAUUUGUACAUAUCUUCUAUAAAUAUAUAAUAUAUAUUUUUCUGUUAGGGAAUCGGGG